UUGACCAUAAAAUACCUUCUCCAUUUUUACAUUUUCUUAACUCUUCCCCUGUUUUUGUCUCAAAACUUCAACAAUCAAAACGAUGAUUGGCGACAAGAAAGCGAUUAUACCUCGCCAAUCUUCCUACAACUCUCUGUAUUUGAAUCCCCUCAUUGACCUCCGGCACAACCGUAGCUGCAGCGACGGCGGCGGAUUCCGGCAAGGUAAAGAGAACUUGAUACCUAAUACGAAGGAUAAACAGAGAGAUGAAAAUGCAGAGUGUUGCGACAAAGAAAAUGCGAUUCCCAUUAAUGAGUUCUGUGCUAAUUCGAAGCAGAAAUUUGGGGAUUUUAAGUCAUUUUCGACUGGAAAGGCUUUGAAGCCUUCUUCACUUCAUCUCUGUAUGCAAAUGAACGAGCCCGAUAAGGUUUUUGCCUCUAGAUUGUGGGAUGCCACUGAUUCUGAACAUUCAAGUUCAUUGAAGAUUUGGGAUUUUUCGGAUUCGGAAGCUGCCCCAGCUUCCUCAUGGUCCACUUUGCCAAACAGGUCAUUGUUGUGUAGGCCAUUGCCUGUGGAUGUGGGGAGAUGUACUUGUGUCAUUGUGAAGGAAAAAUCACCAGAUGGGCUUCAUGGUGGAGCCUUCUAUUCUCUAUACACAAAUGAAGGGAAAGGACGGCAGGACCGGAAGUUGGCAGUGGCCCGUCAUCGACGACGGAACGGGAGGUCAGAGUAUAAAAUAGCUCAGAGUACAAGGGGGAUAUUGUGCAAUGCAGAUGAUAGUUUUGUUGGAUCCAUGACUACAAACCUUGUUGGUUCAAAAUAUCAUAUAUGGGAUCAGGGGAGCCGUCUGAAACCGAUCCCGAGCAAGCCGAGAUCGCUUCUGGCUGCUGUAACAUUCAUGCCUACAAUAACCACUUGGACAGGCAGCCAUAGAAGCAUGAAAGCUUUCAUCCCCAAGCAUCAAUCAAUGCAGCUGAAAAACACCAAUCAGCAGGUGCAGCACAUAGCAGGGCUGCCAAGGGAGUGGGAGGAAGAAAAGGCCAAAGUUCACCAGCUUGUUUCUAAGGUUCCCCAAUACAACAAGAUUUCUAAGCAAUAUGAGUUGGACUUUAGAGACAGAGGAAGGGCGGUUUCAGGUCUUAUGAUCCAAACCUCUGUGAAAAAUUUUCAGUUGACUUUAGAGGAAAACGGCAAACAAACGAUUCUCCAACUUGGAAGGAUUGGGAAGUCUAAGUAUGUGAUGGAUUAUAGAUAUCCAUUGACAGGUUAUCAAGCAUUUUGCAUAUGUCUGGCUUCCAUAGAUUCAAAGCUGUGUUGCUCAGUAUGAUCAUAUAUGGUUGCUUUUCAGCUCUCUUUUGCAGUUCAAUCUCUGAACUAUCUUCCUUUCAAUGUUCUGACUUAGCAUAGAUUGAUGCAAGACUAGUUGAUGAGAUGUGUUUGUAAAUUCUCUCGAGUCUUGAAUUUUGAUGAUUAACAAUGUUUAGCUUUGAUCA